AUGGCACCCCGCGUGUCCCUGCUGCUGCUGGCGCUGCUGCUGCUGGCCGCCGCCGUGCCCCGCUGCCCCGGCCAGCACUGGUCCCAUGGCUGGUACCCGGGGGGCAAGCGGGACCUCGCCCCGCCCCCGGCCCUGCAGGUCCCGUCCCGGCUCUGGCGCUGCAGCCCGCCCCCGUGCCCCCCCCGGCAGCCGCCGGCCCCGCGGCGGGAGGAGCCGCUGCUGGGGGCUGCGCUGCGCCGCCGCUGAGCGGCACCCACCGACCCCAGGCGGGAGCGGGACCCACCGAGCCCACCCGUGACACACCGAGCCCCCCCACGACCCACUGGCGGGUCCCCGCGGGCAAUAAAGGGGCUCGGGGGGGACCUUGUCCUGAGUGGUGGCGGCUGCCGGGGGC